GACAUCGGUGCCCCCUCCCCAGAGCAUCUGGAGGGGUCCAUGUAGUGGAGAGGCUGAGAGGGGAGCGGUCAGAUUGGGGCUACCUGUCACCGAGCUCACAUGAGGCUAUAGAAGGGUCGCCACUUCAUUACAGAGUCCUGGUCCCUCAACACAAUAGGGCAAAAUGGCACGUGACCUUUCAGAUAAAGAAAUCAUGGCGAUGGAACUGGCGCAGCUACAGAAGGAAGUGAAGACUGAGAGGAUUCCGGUUUCCACGACGGCGAAGGAGCUGGUGGCAUGGAUCGAAUCGCAGGCCGCUGAGGACCACCUCCUCAAAGGCAUCCCCGAAGACAAGAACCCCUUCAAAGAGAAAGGAGGGUGCUUAAUUACCUGACACAGGGGGGGCGCCUCGGCAACAGACACGGGGAAUUGUUCGGUUUCAUUCUUUUUAACACGGAUGUCGAUAAAUAAAUAAAUAAGUAAUACAAUCAGUUACAAUUAAUUUAGUUUAUUCAGCCGGUAUAUGCUACAAGGGGAGCUGCAGUGAAACACAGAGAAGACAACGAUCGGGACAGCAGACUGGAAGCUUAAAAAAAAGACCCCUCAGAACCUACUCUGAUUUCAUCAGCCAUUGAUUUGAUAAUGCCUAGCGUCAAGUUGUUUCCUUCGUGGUUCGUUGCAUUCUGUGUGAUUCGUAUUAAUAAAACUGAGUAGGUGCAAGAGUUGGGAAAUUGAUUUUUUUUCAUAUCAAAUGGGAACAGAACGAAAGGGCGAUAAUGUUAGUCCCUGAAAAACGAUCAAAAUGAUCCAAGAAACGGUAGAGGUGACGUAGAGGUGACGUAGCCUAGUACAGUAUCAUCUCUUCAGAGAUUAAGUUUUCAGUCUGGCAGUUUUGUAUGUAAUACCCAUUUUCUUUUAGCACUAGGAGGACCAUUAUCACGGAUCCCCAUUUUGACCGUUGUAUUUAUUUACUGAAUUUACUAUAAGAACGUGUUAGUGCUGUUUUUAAAUAUAAAUACAUAAAUAAAUAAAUACAAGAUUAAAAACACAAUCGCGAUAAAGAACCACUCAGAAAAGUGUUAGGAGGUAGUAAGAAAAAAAGAAAAGAAAACAUAACAUAACAGAAACUAGUCUCUCCAAGGUACUGGCGAUAAUUCCUCAACAAUUUCGACUACUCUUAAGAAAGCAAACAUUUUGACCGUUGCAACACGCGCUGAACAUUUAACACCGCGGCGCAAGCCGCUUUCUCACGGUGCUGCUCUUAUUUCUGCAGUCCAGAGAGAGAGACAGAGAGGUUUGACAGGUCGCUGAGCGGCUGAGAUCACACUCAGCAGGAAACGUAUGUUUUGGAUGAGAUCACGUCAUUCACACAGUCUGCAGGCAACUCAGGUAGAGGUGUCCAUUUGGUUCUCAUUUACAAACCCUCUGCUCAAAAGAAAAGUUUGCUCCUUAUACACCAACAGAAAAUACACAGAUUUAAAAUGUACGUAGCUGUAGAUGCGCCUUUUUAGCAAUCGUGUCACAAACACAGAGCGGAUCAUAGGAUUUCAUCUGUUUCACUGAUCCACACGAGAAAAAAAACCACUGCAUCCGUGUUAUUUCUAUUUCGAUGGAAACAUGUACUUAAACUUUUAGCAGGGGUGCUAUAUGUUUUCAAUAAAUGUUUAUCAAAUGUUAA